CAUGCGUACCGAUAACGACAACAGCGCCCCCUACCGGCCAUCAUCGGGACUGUAUAAUGACGUCACCAGAGCACCUUGUUACAAAACAAAGAUGGCAGCCACCUUGCCGGUUGAGGUGAUCGCCCACGUGAUGCGGUUCCUUAGUGUUGGGGACAGGAAGGCGUCGGCUCUCGUCAACAGACAGUGGUACGAAGCCUCGCUCGACCCCGCCCUCCAAACCAACACCGUGUUCCACCUCCUCACGCCCUUCACCUCUGGCUCAACUGUUCAAAAGUUUGGGCUCAGAAAGAGUCCAAAUCUCAUCUUAAACGACAUGGACGGAUCUUCUAGGUCUAAGGAGGUGGUCAAGAAAGCCUGUCAGCACCUUGGGCAGCACCUUCAGAGUCUUUCCCUCAAGGGUUCAGAUAUAACAGAAGGAACGUUCAUGGUGAUCAUUCCUCAUUGUUGUAAUCUCAGAAAACUGGACCUGAGUCUGUGUAACAGCCUAUUCCUGUCAGGAAACUUGCUCCGGAAACCAAACGAUUUCCAGGCGGCUGAAAAGUCAUUGGUAAAUGUGCGGGAACUGAACUUGGGUUCGCUACGACACCUAUCAGACUGCGUGUUUAACAGGCUUGUUACGGUAAUGCCAAACGUUGAGAAGUUGUCACUGUCCGGAUGCACCAUCUCGUACGAGUUUAGCCCAUACGAUAAAGAAUCCAAAACGCGUGCGUCAACUUCUGUGCUCACUUUUGUGAAUAUCAAAGCAUUUCUGGAAAGGCAGGGAAAGAAGUUGACGAGCUUGAACUUGAGCAAAACAGGGCUGCCAGGCAGCUCGCUCCGAGAGCUGGCUAUGGUAUCAGGGCUCGCGAUACGAGAACUGAACAUUGCAGGAAACAGAGACUUAAACGACGAUGACAUCUUGGCCUUAGUGAAGCAGCAAAAUGGUUUGACUUCUCUGGAUGUUGCAAUGUGUGGAGAACUUACCUCACAGACUGUACUACACAUUCAGACAUACGUUCCACAGAUACAGUAUCUGAACUUUUCCAAGUGCAGGCGUAUGCGAGACAGUGCCGCUUCCAAGCUAUACACCCUUCCAGAUCUACAGUACAUCAAUUUCGCGGAAUGUCCGCAGAUCUCCUCCAAAGCGCUCGUUUCGGGCCUCUCUUCGAAACCCAUGCUGCAUCUCGCAUCCGUCUGUCUCGCCCACUGCACGCUUGUACGCGACGAGUUUGUUGAAACGCUCGGUAAGGCCGUUCCACACUUGAAAGAGCUAGACUUGACGUCUUGCCUCGCAAUCACAGACCGUAGCAUGCACGCAAUUGCGGCGUUCCUUCCAGAGUUGAAACGUCUAAGUGUGGCUUGGUGCAAGAACGUCACGGACUACGGAAUUCUGGGACUGGAGAAGCCUAGCGAGGAGGUAGGUUCGAGCCGUCUGUGUGAACUGAAUGGCGGGAGGUUUUCCCGCAACUUUGGCACCAUUGGUUUCUUCAGUCCUCCCUCUGCUGCUGACAUGACUGUGUGUAAGAUAACGCAGGAAGAAGCUCUCGUAGUGUUAGCACAACAUGAUGCUGGGAAGCCGACUGGGUUACAGCACCUGGCACGACUGCGUGUGCUGGACCUGAGCACCUGCCAGCAGCUGAGUGAUCUGGGAAUCACAUGCGCAAUCAGGUUCAGAGAGUUGGUGUGUCUCAGACUGAACAUGUGUACAGGGGUGACUGACCAGAGCCUGGUUGCCAUAGCAACAAAUGUGCCCAGCCUGGAAGAGCUGUCAAUCAGCCAAUGCCACCAGGUGACAGAUGAUGGGGUGACGAAAGUCGUGAAACGUCUGCAGCGACUGACGUUCCUUGACAUCUCCUGUAACGACAAGCUGACCAAUUGCACGCUGGCGUCCAUCAGCCAAUACUGCCACUGUCUGCAGAAACUGGACGUUUCUCUGUGUAGCCAGAUGUCCCAUGAUGCACUGGACAAGCUGCAGUGCCACCUCCCCCACCUGGUGUCUCUUCAGUCCAGACUGGUGUGAGACCAGCUAUUAAUCUAGAACUAGGGGUGGGUACCAGUACACUGCCGUUACAAAACCUUUUUUCUUAGAGAAAAAACGGACCUGAAAAAAAUCAUUUGACCGAUUCAAAAACCAACAGAUUUUAACGGCAGGCUCUCACUUUUUUAAGACAUACCGAUCCAAGAAAAGAAUAAGAGCACAGGAGAGGAGAGUUGAUAGUCAAUUUUUACAAAGCUUCUAAAGUCAAAUAUGCUUUGAAAUAUCAAUGAACGUCGGAUACUCCACCAAACAUAGUCCUUUGUAGAGAAGGGACCAUUGUUUUGAGUAUCGCCCAUUUACGUUUUUACAUAUGAUUAGGUUCAGGUCCGGUACUGGACCGGGUUAUUACAUACCCACCCCUAUCUAGAACAAAUUGUGUUUGGAUCUUACAGAGUCAGGAUAGUCAGAAUCUGGAAAUGCUCAUGGUUAUAUUUUCACAGUUAUGAUGGUGACAUCAUCAUAAUAAUAAUAGCCUUUAUUGCACAUUCAUGCCCUAUCAAUAUAAACUCAACUGUGUUGGUAGUAAUUAUAGUAUUUAACUUUCUUCCAACAUAAAUGUGUACAUGGAUCAAAUUUUCAACAAUAUACUGUCACCGUCUUCAGGAUCAGUAUUGACAGGUCACUUCUGAAUGUAAACUCGCAAGAAUUUCAAACACAUGACCUUAUUGUCAUCUUUUAAUCUUGCACAUAUGUGACAUCAGCGGUUGGUCAAAUUGGUAAACCUAUAAUAAAUCACUGUACAUGCAGGUUUACAAUCAUUCUUCUAACCUUAAACUUGGAAACUGUAAAAAGAAAUUAAUUUGUAGUAUUAUAGUUUCUGCUUUUGAAUAGGAAACUUGUUGAGAAAAUGUUGUAUCUCACUGUCAUUUUCUGUCUACUUACUGUCUAAAGAAGUAUUGAAGUAUGACAAGUGAAUCAAAAUAUAUAAAGAGAGAUUUUAACUCAAUUUCAAAUGGUUGAAUUUUAAAAAAUGUAAGAUAUAUAGAUAAACUUUAUGACUUGUGCAAUAUAUGACAACCCGUUGCUUGUAAAUAAUGUAUCUUGCCCCUCUGUACACUUGAAUAUUUGUAAGAUAAAAGUAAAUAUACCAGUCAGAAUCUGUUUACUUAUCAACAAGGCCAUGUUUAUUUAGUCUUUAUGACAUUCAUGCACAUCAAUUUAUGGCCAUUUUCAAAUAAUAAAAGUUUUGCACCAUACUGGGAAUCAUACAAAGUAAAUGCAAAAUGGGCAAAUAUGUGCUGUAAAUUGAGAAAAAAAUCAUAAAAUGUAAUAAAAUGCCAACAAUCAUUCCAAUGUCAAUGAAGAUGUGAAAAAAAAUAAAACUGAAGAAUGUAUCGUAA